ACAUCAAGAUUCGCACUUGCUUACCAAAUCUUUUCCAGGAUUUUCCGCGGUUGUUGGUGAAAGAGAACCAAUACCAAACAACACGACAUAACUCGUAAUGUUACAACACCAAACGAAACUUAAUGUCCAUCCAACACGUACAACACCAUUAUUAUAUAAAAUCCCUAAUUCACCACUAUUGGUGGGAUUGUUAACAGCAAAAUCCGAUACGCUUCGAAGGACCAAAAACCAUAAAUAGACGACUCAAUUUCACUCCUUUCUUACUGUCCAGUCUAGUCUCUCCUCCUUUAUUAUUUUUACUAUCUUCUUCUCAACACACUAGAGAUGGCUGCUGUUGAAGAUGAUCGAAUUGCUAGGAUUUCUUCUGCAAUCAGGGUUAUCCCUAACUUCCCUAAACCAGGGAUUAUGUUUCAAGACAUAACAACUUUGCUUCUUGACCCAAAAGCUUUUAAAGAUACCAUUGAUCUAUUUGUUGAGAGAUACAAAGACAAGAACAUCAGUGUAGUUGCAGGAAUGGAAGCCAGAGGUUUCAUCUUCGGUCCUCCAAUUGCCUUAGCUAUUGGGGCAAAAUUUGUGCCUAUGAGGAAACCUAAGAAGCUACCUGGGGAGGUUAUAUCUGAAGAGUACUCUUUGGAGUAUGGAACAGAUAAAUUAGAAAUGCAUGUCGGAGCUGUACAGGCAGGAGAACGUGCUCUUAUAGUCGAUGAUCUCAUUGCCACAGGGGGGACUUUAUGUGCUGGAAUCAGGCUAUUGGAACGUGUCGGCGCAGAGAUAGUCGAGUGUGCUUGUCUGAUUGAAUUAGCAGAGCUAAAGGGUCGUGAUCGAUUAGGCGGCAAACCAUUGUUCAUCCUUGUAAGCGCAGCUUGAUCAGAGCUGGGAUGGUUUCAGUUUUUAACGAAAUUUCAGUUGGGACGAGCUUUGAGUCGUACCUACGAGUGUUAUAGGUGCCUCUCUUUAGAUGGAGGUUUCCUUGAGUGUUUGUAUAAGUUGAUGGAUUUCUGAUAACCCAUUUCAGUGGUUUAUAUGAACAUCGCUCAGUCAACGGCAUAUUUAUUUAUCAAUUUGAAAUUCAAUAAUAGUAAUGGUUUUAAGAAACUGAAAAUUCUCUUCUA